AUUCCUGUGGUCCCACAUUUACUUCCUGUCAUAUUACUCGUUAUCUAACUUACGGGCAGACUUGAUCUAUCGUCUAGUCCACGGACUCUGAGUACUAUCCCACGGGGGAAAGGACAAUACGGCUAUUGCAGAUAUUUUGCCAAGCUGCGCAAACUAGCGGUCAUGGCUUUCCAACCCACCCCUGCGGAUAUUUCUGUUGUCAUCACUACGCCUGGCACAGGCUCCAGCGCUGAGCCACGCUUCUUGACGGAGCGCCGAGUCACUCCAACAUGGACUGUCAUGCAGCUGAAGACGAAGCUCGAGACCAUGACUGGCGUUCCGCCCAGCUGCCAGCGUCUUCGCCUUAGGUCACCUGGGCGCCCAGAUCAGUGGGUCGAAGAUGACAAUAGUAUCAUCGGUGAUUGGGGGUUGAUGAGAGGCUGCGAAAUAGAGGUCCAUGAUUACCGCCCUCAGGCUUCGCGGCCUAAUUUCACAGACCUCUCGUCCGUCGAGAAGUAUGUAUUGCCGACAUCCACAUACGAAGCGCUCUCGAAUUCUGUUUUGGCGUGGAAAAAGAAUCAGAAGCUUGGCCGCUUCGAUCCCAAUGCUGCAAGACCCGAAGAAGCGAUGCGCAGCCAAGCUUUGAAAGACAUUGGAGAGGUUGGACAAAGAGGCAUUGUUGUUAACAAUCGAGCCAUUGUCCUUCCCUCCUCUCCGCCACAUGUUCGACGCGGCACAAUUCGCUAUGUUGGGCCAGUUCCGACAAUCCCCUUUCCUGGCGUGGACCUUGACCUAGUAGACUCCGCAGAUUUUCCAGUCUGGGUAGGAAUUGAGCUCGACGAGCCACUGGGCAAGAACGACGGGAGUGUUGGCGGAAAGAGAUACUUUGUUUGCCCGAAUAAGACGGGUGUCUUUGUCAAACCCGAGAAAGUGGAAGUAGGAGACUUCCCGCCCUUGGGUUUGGAUGAUUUGGAAGCCGAAAUGGAGGAGAUCUAACAAACAACUCCAAUGAAGCUUGUAAUCGCAGCUCAAUUCUUCUGGACUCACACGCCCCAGCGCCAAAGAAAUGGGAGAUAUGUGGUGACGAACUAUAUCCUUACAUCCCGGC